CGUGGCUCCCGGGCGAGGCGAGGAGCGGUGCCCGUGUGCCCCGCUACGCGGAGCGGGCAAGGGCAGCCGGCGGGGAGCGCAGGGAGGUAUCAGGAGUUAAAAUGACUUAGAAAAGUAUUCAAAGCAUGGACUGUGAAAUGAACUCUUUCCACUCAAUACUGAAAGAAGGUAAACUGAGACUCCAAAAAUGAUGACCUGCUUGUUGGCAAGUUACAGGAAAAGCACAUACAAGGCAACUAAAUAAGGACUGUAGUAUGAGGGUUUUGUCAGAUAAACUUUGCAAAAGAACAACUUACCUGAAGGCUGUUAUAUUAAAUUAUUGAACUCUACACUGUGUGACCUACCCUAAUACCCCAGAACUCCUGCACAUGAAAUGCUUCAAAAGAAGUAACUGCUGUGGCUUGUUUGCGACUGAAGUGAAUUACAUUGGAUAGAAAAGAGUAAUGCAGGGUGCAGAGAGCAGUGCAUCUUGAACAGUCUUACCACACUAAUGGAAAAAACUUCUGGUUUGCAGGAAAAUAUGACAUCUAUGUUUUGGCUCAUUGGUCAUCUCAUUGUACUGAUACCUCUCUUCAGUGCUGAAGGGUGUGUUAUUUGUAGUUACUUUGUGCUUGUUGGAGAGCCUACAUCUAUUACUUGCCCAAUAAUUACAUUGCCAGUGCUUCACUCUGAUUACAAUUUGACGUGGUAUAAAAAUGGUAGUGCUACACCAGUGACCACAGAGAGAGACGCCAGGAUCCACCAGCGAGAGGGCUUGCUUUGGUUUAUUCCUGCAAUGCUGGAAGAUUCUGGAAUUUAUGAAUGCAGUGUAAGGAGCCUUAACCACUCUAACAAAAAAACUAUAAAGUUAACAGUUUUUAAGAACGAUAAUGGUUUGUGUUUUAAUGGAAAAAUGAAAUUUGAACAAAAAGUGAUGAGCACAAAAACUGGAAAAAUUAUAUGCCCUGAUCUAGAACAAUUUAAAGAUGAAGACAAUAAUCAGCCUGAAGUACAUUGGUAUAAGGAAUGUAAACCUGGAUUUCUUGAAGACAAGCGACUUCUUUUGGCAGAGGGUGAAAAUGCUGUCUUGAUUCGUAAUGUAACUGUGCAAGACAGAGGAAACUACACGUGCCAUAUGGUAUACACAUAUAUGGGAAAACAAUAUAAUGUUUCAAGAACCAUAAGGCUAGAGGUUAAAGAAAAACCACUGCAGAUGCAACCAGAGUUUAUUUAUCCAAGGAACAAUACAAUUGAAGUAGAACUUGGCUCUCAUGUAGUGAUGGAAUGUAAUGUAUCAAGUGGCAUAAAUGGCUUGAUUCCAUUCUGGCAAGUUAAUGAUGAGGAUGUUGAUAUCUUUGAUAAAACCUACAGGGAACAGUUUUAUGAAGAGGGGUUGCCUCAUGGACUUGCUGUAUCUGGAACAAAAUUUAACAUUUCAAAAGUGAAAGUAAAGGACUAUGCUCAUAAAUUCUUCUGCCACUUCAUAUAUGGUUCUCAACAAUUUACAGCCUACAUCAAAUUGGAAUCCCCAGCUCGAAACAUUCAGGGAUACUUAAUUGGAGGAGGAGUUUCCUUGGUAUUUUUAGUAUUUUUUACUCUCUUUAUCUACAAGAUCUUCAAAAUUGAUAUUGUCCUUUGGUAUCGGGACUCCUGCCAUUCUUUCCAGGGGAAAAAAGUUUCAGAUGAGAAGAUCUAUGAUGCUUAUGUGCUGUAUCCAAAGAAUAGAGAAAGUUGCUUGUAUUCAUCAGAUAUUUUUGCUCUGAAGAUACUGCCAGAGGUCUUAGAAAGACAGUGUGGAUAUAACCUCUUCAUACUUGGGAGAGAUGAUUUACCAGGAGAAGCUGUGAUCAGCGUUGCUGAUGAAAAAAUCCGUCAAAGUAGGAGAGUGAUAAUUGUUUUAGUACCAGAGCCCUCCUGUUACAGCAUACUGGAAGAUGAGUCUGAGAAGCAGCUAGCCAUGCAUAGUGCUCUUAUUCAAGACAGCAUUAAAGUAAUUCUCAUUGAACUUGAAAAAAUACAAGAUUAUGCAACCAUGCCAGAAUCCAUCAGAUAUAUUAAGCAGAAGCAUGGGGCUAUCCGAUGGAAAGGGAACGUCUUGGAAAGGUCCCACUCAGCAAGUACCAGAUUCUGGAAGAAAGUGCGCUACCAGAUGCCAUCCAGAAAAAGUGGCUCUUUAUUAGGAUUGCAUUUGUUGCCAAAAGACUUGAAUUUGCCUUAAAUAACAAAUGAGAAAUGACACUUAACGACUGAUCAGUUCACACAGUUGGCGAUUGACUGAGGGUCACAUGUAUCUGUUUCGUGCAAUCUCAUACAGAUUUACUGGAGUGAAGGUACUACAGCUUCAUCUGCAGAUGUGAAUCUUUUUUUACUUCAGGCUGGACCAACGGAACACCUUGAAAUAACGUCAGUAGCACAUGUAGGAAGUACACAAGUAUUUUUCCAAGAAUGAUUCUGUGAAAUUCCCUGGUAUUAAAAGUGAAAGGACAAAAAACUGUAAAAAAUUGAAACCAAUGAAGAAAAUUAGAUUUUUUUGUUCUGCAAUUAAAGUUUUAAUAUGAAGGGAAUUACACUAAUUAUGGUUGUGAUAUUACAUAAUGUGCACGGCUGAUGCCAGUAAAUGUUUGUUGUUGGUUUUUUUUUGUUUAAAUGAAAUGACACAAACCUUUUCUUUGUUACAAGUUUGUUAUUUGCUUUGUUCAAUUUGUGGAAAGAUAAAUUCCCGUAUUACUGCAUCAGUGUGUUACCAUCCAGGAGAAAAGCUGAAGUAUGCAGACCAGCCAACAGAGUUCCAGUGACCUCAAUCCUCCUAAUUACUUCUGCUGACUGGAAGAGACUGAAAGGAGAACUGCUACUUGUUAUCCCUGACUUUAGGAAUGGAAGGUUAUUUUACUGAGCCAAAAUAGUGUUUUUAAAAAAGUAUUUGUUCCUUUUGAUGUAUUUAUACAAAUAAUGCUAAAUUUUCAUUUGUGUUUUGUAAAGGCACUUUGAGGAAGAGUCCAUUUUAAAAUUUAAUAAAGGCACUACAUAUUUGUUUCAUUCA